AUGGAUGAGAACGAAGGACUGCUCGUCCAAUUCGCCGCCACCAAGCUUUCAAUAGCUUCAGCCGUGGACGCAGCCUUGCCAUCCUUCUUAGGACUUCCACCAGAGGUACGCAACAAGAUAUACGAAUUGAUCUUGAUGGCCGAAGAGCCCAUACCAUUACGCAUCCAACGAGCGUGGUACGUCAGACAGCGCUACCGUUCUCUGGUCCAUGUCUGCCGGCAGACACUCCGCGAGAGCCAGAAACUAUACUACUCUCGCAAUACUUUCGUCCUUCCCAAAACCGUCAACAUUGGCGACUGGCUCGACGACCUUAGCGGUAUGGCCUUGUGCGUGCAGCGAGUAGAGGUGCCUCAUCGAGUACUGGAAUGCCAUCUCAAUCCGCCUACAGCAUCGCUACCCAAAGGCGCGACUACGCAUCCCAGGGUACAAGCUUUCACGCAGCGACCAGAUGCGCAGCCGAUCAAGCUGGACUUUGUACUCGCUGAUGGAGAUGUAGAGAUUGGUGCCGUUAGCGACGAGAUAGAUGAGGUGAUCGUUGAGACCGCGCGACAGUCUUUGCGACCUGUGGCACGAUUUCUGGCUGUGCGCUAG